CCUUCGUGAGCUGUGGGUGAUCAAACCCUCGUCAUCUUCAUCUCCUGCUCCAUCACACUCAUCAUCAGGGAGAGAGAGAGAGAGAGCGAGAGCAUUAAAGACUCUUUACAUCAGUCCAUCAGUCUCAUCUUUAUUUCAUUCAUCUGUGAUGUAUUGAAAGAGUUGUUGGAAACUUGAGGAGUUUGACUGAUUGAUGUUCUGUUAAUACUGGAGUGAAGAUGUCGCUCAGGCGUUUGGCAGCUGCCGCUCUUAUAACACUUUCAGUGCUGGCUUCAGUCACAGCUCAAGUAAUGCCUCCGUCAGACUUGAGGUUUAAGAUUUUAAAUGAAAACACAGUGCAAAUGACAUGGACGCAACCACUGUCGAGAAUCGAAGGCUACCGAAUACAAGUCAUGGCGGAUGAAGAAGAGGCAGUUAAAGAAUUCACGCUGUCUGCGUCCUCUACCAAAACCUCCAUCAGAGAUUUGACUCCCGAUGUGGAUUAUGUUGUUAUGAUAACGUCAUAUUUAGGAUCAGAAGAGAGUAUACCCAUCUCCGGUCAAAUAACAAUUCAGUCAAGUGGUGUUGAAGGAGGUUCCAGGAAGCCUCAGGUCUCAGAUGCAGUCCAAUGCUCAGCCAGUGCCAUCGGUGACCUGGUGUUCCUGGUGGACGGCUCUUGGAGCGUCGGCCGGGACAAUUUCAAAUUCAUCCGCAGUUUCAUGGCAGCAAUGGCGGGAGCGUUUCACCUUGGAGACGACAAGACCAGAGUGGGUGUGGUCCAGUACAGCACGGACAUCAGAACGGAGUUUAACCUGAAUCAAUACUUCAGACGGGCCGACCUGCUCAGAGCCAUUAACAAUCUGCCAUACAAGGGCGGCAACACCAUGACAGGCGAUGCCCUGGACUAUCUGCUGAAAAACACAUUCACAGAGGCCGCUGGUGCCCGCCAGGGAUUCCCAAAAGUGGCUGUCAUUAUAACAGAUGGAAAAUCUCAGGACCCUGUGGAGGGAUACGCCAAGAAGCUGAAGAGUGCUGGGAUUGAACUCUUCACUCUGGGAAUCAAAGAGGCAGAUGAGGAAGAGUUGAAACAAAUGUCUUCCACGCCCCACAGGACACACGUGUACACGGUGCCGAACUUCGAUAUGAUCAAAGCCGUGGAGAAAUCGCUCAUCACGCAAGUGUGCAGCAGCGUGGAAGACCAAAUCAACUCUCUGAUCAGCGGCGAGGAAGUCAUUGAACCAGCAUCAAACCUUCAUGUCACAGAGGUUGCGUCCAAGUCCAUGCGGAUCACCUGGGAUGCGUCUAUAGGGGAGGUGACCGGAUAUAAAGUGCAGUUGGUUCCCAUGAUGGCCGGCAGCAAGCGGCAGGUACUGUACGUCGGGCCCACGCAAACAUCUGUGAACGUCAGAGAUCUGACCCCCGACACCGAAUACGAGAUCAGCCUGUUUGCACUCAACGGACUGACGCCCAGCGAGCCCGUGAUGGCCAUGGAGAAAACCCAGCCGGUUAAAGUGUCAUUGGAAUGUUCUCUGGGAAUGGAUGUGCAAGCUGACGUCGUCCUCCUGGUCGACGGCUCAUACAGUAUCGGCUUGGACAACUUUGCUAAAGUCCGAUCUUUCUUGGAAGUCCUGGUCAACAGUUUUGACAUUGGGCCGGACAGAGUUCAGAUCAGCUUGGUCCAGUACAGCAGAGACCCGUACACCGAGUUCUAUCUGAACACCCAUCACGAUCUGAGCGCCGUGGUCAAAGCCGUAAGAACGUUUCCGUAUCGAGGAGGCUCCACCAACACGGGCAAAGCCAUGGCGUACGUGAGAGAUAAAAUCUUUGUUUCGAACAGAGGCGCUCGCGCCAACGUGCCUCGCGUUAUGAUCCUCAUCACCGAUGGAAAAUCCUCGGAUGCUUUCAAAGACUCGGCGACUAAGCUCAGGAACACGGACGUGGAGAUUUUCGCUGUGGGUGUGAAAGACGCCGUCCGUUCGGAGCUGGAGGCCAUCGCUAAUCCUCCAGUGGAGACGCAUGUGUAUACGGUGGAGGACUUUGACGCUUUCCAGAGAAUUUCUAAUGAGCUAACCCAGUCCAUCUGUCUGCGGAUUGAGCAGGAGCUUUUGAACAUCAAGAGGAGACAGUUGACCGCACCCAGGUCUCUGACCUUCUCAGAGGCGACCUCCAGGAGUUUCCGGGCAUCGUGGAUAACAGAUGCUGUAGAUGUGCAGUCUUAUAUGGUGGAAUACAGGCCUGAAGCGGACACGGAUGCCGGCUACAUCUCCGUCUCUGUGCCCGGUGACAUCACCACGGCUGUGUUACUUCACCUCACUCCAGUCACAAAGUAUGAGGUCAAGGUGUAUGCCCAAUAUGAGAAAGGAGAAAGCUUUCCUCUCAUUGACUUUGAGACCACGCUAGAAGAACAGGGAGCCGCGAGCAACCUUAGAGUGUCCGAGGAGACCACCGACAGUUUCCGCGUCUCCUGGCGAGCCGCUCCGGGUUCAAUAGUGCGCUACAGACUCACGUACGUCCCGGUGAGAGGGGAUAGUGAGCCGCUAGAAACGGCAACAGCCGGUCCUGAGACCACCAUCGUCCUGCAGCAACUGUUCCCGGUCACCACAUAUCGUGUCUCUGUGGCAGCUGAAUACCCAUCAGGCGUUGGGCCUCAGAUGCAGAUCGAUGGGACGACCAAAGAAGAGCGCGGCUCACCAAGAGACCUGCGUGUCUCCAAAGAGACCACAUCCAGCAUGCAGCUGUCCUGGGCAGCGGCUCCGGGGAGAGUCCAACAGUACCGAGUGUCCUAUCAACCCACGGCCGGUGGCGAGAUGAAGGAGGUGACAGUCAGGGGGGAGACCACUGCCACCGUACUGAAGGAUCUCCGGCCGGGCACAGAGUACCAGCUGGCCGUGAGGGCACGAUACUCCUCCGGAUUGGGAGAGCCACUACAUGGAACCGGAACUACCCUGGAGGAGCUGGGCUCCCCCAGAGACCUGAUAACCAGCGAUGUGACCGAUACCAGUUUCAUGGUGUCGUGGACGGCCGCUCCAGGACGGGUGAGACAGUAUCGUAUCCGCUGGAGGUCUCUCUUCUCUGAGGAGUCUGGGGAGAAGGUCAUACCUGCUGAUGUGACCAGCACGCUGUUGGAGUACCUCACGCCUGAAACCCGCUAUCAGGUGUCUGUGUUUGCAUCAUAUGACAGAGGAGAUGGACAGCCGCUUGUGGGUGAAGAGACCACGGAUGCGUCUGGAUCCGCGAAGGCUUUGGCCGUGUCUGAUGAAACCGAGAGAACCAUGCGGGCGACGUGGAAUCCCGCUCCCGGCCCUGUGCAGCACUACAAGCUCACGUACGUCCCUCAGGCCGGAGGAAAAGAAAUGACCAUGAAAGUUCCCGCCAGCGUGACCACGGCCGUGCUGAGGAAACUUCAGCCCCUCACCUCCUACAACAUCAACGUGCAUCCCAUUUACAAACGCGGAGAAGGAAAAGCAAGGCAAGGAGUAGGAACCACACUGUCACCUUAUAAAGCCCCAAGAAACUUGCAGACCUCAGAACCUAGCAAGACGAGUUUCCGCGUGUCCUGGGACCCCGCUCCCGGCAACGUACGCGGAUACAAAGUCACCUUCCAUCCCUCCGGCAGCGAUAUUGAUCUGGGAGAACUUCUAGUUGGACCUUACGACAACACGGUCGUUCUGGAGGAACUCAGAGCUGGAACCAAGUACUCCGUGGCUGUUUUUGGAAUGUUUGAUGGAGGUCAAAGUAUGCCUUUGGCUGGAGAAGAGAAGACCACCCUCUCCGAUGCCCCCGAGCCUCCUUCUGUCAGACCUUCUGAUAAUGAGUGUAAAACUACAGCCAAGGCCGAUAUCGUCCUGCUGGUGGACGGCUCCUGGAGCAUCGGCCGUCUGAACUUCAAAACCAUCCGAGCUUUUAUCGGUCGCAUGGUGGGCGUCUUUGACAUCGGACCAGACCGGGUUCAGAUCGGUUUGGCUCAGUACAGCGGGGAUCCCAAAACCGAGUGGCAUCUCAACGCUCAUUCCACCAGGCAAUCCCUCUUAGAAGCCGUGGCCAAUUUACCCUACAAAGGAGGGAAUACAAUGACGGGUAUGGCCUUGAACUACAUCCUCCAGAACAACUUCAAACCGAAUGUGGGUUUGAGACCCGACUCACGUAAGAUCGGCGUCCUCGUGACCGACGGCAAAUCUCAAGAUGACAUUAUAGCGAAUUCUCAACUCCUGCGUGACUCGGGAAUCGAACUGUAUGCCAUCGGUGUGAAGAAUGCUGAUGAAAAUGAGUUGCGAUCUAUUGCCACCGACCCGGACGAGAUCCACAUGUACAACGUCAAGGACUUCUCAUUCCUGCUGGACAUCGUGGACGAUCUCACGGUCAACCUCUGUAACAGCGUUAAAGGCCCAGGUGGCGGACCGGGGACGCCCACUGACCUGGUGACUUCAGAAGUAACGCACUACUCUUUCCGCGCUACCUGGAUGCCUCCUGAUGAGCCAGUGGAGAAAUUCCGGAUCGAGUACGUCCCCGCCGCCGGAGGAAAAACUGAAGUGAUGUUUGUCGACGGUGAAGAAAACACACUUGUCCUGGUCAACCUAACCCCGAUGACCAAGUACAUUGUCCGUGUCUUUAGCGUGAUCGGUGAGGAGAACAGCGAGCCUCUGGAAGGAACCGAAACCACAUUGCCUCUGUCCGCCGUGACCAGCAUGACGGUUUACGACGAGAGUCUGACGACAAUGAGGGUCAGGUGGGAGCUGGUGGGCGGAGCCAGCGGCUACAUGCUGAUCUACAGUGCCCUCAAUGCCACCUUGCCCUCUGGAAAGAUGGAGUUGCGAGUUGCUGGAGAUGUCAAUGAUGUCCAGCUGUCCCAGCUGCUUCCCAACACGGCGUACUCCAUCUCUCUCUUCGCCAUGCACGGAGACUUGGCCAGCGAGCCUCUCAAUGACAGAGGAGUCACUCUGCCUCUGCCUCCAGCCGGUGAACUGAAAAUCUCUGAGGUCACUCACAGUUCCAUGCGUCUGACCUGGGACGCCGCUCCUGGGAACGUCAGAAGGUACAUCAUCACCUACAAGCGAGAGGACGGAGAGUUGAAAGAGGUCGAGGUCAACGGUGACAUCACCACCCUGGUUCUCACCAGCCUGAGGUCACAGACGGAGUAUGAUGUCGCUGUCACUCCUGUGUAUGACGAGGGUCCGGGGAAUCCGAUGCUCGGCAGCGCAGAAACCGAAGCCGUUCCUGCGCCCAAGAAUUUGAGGUUUUCUGAGGUGACCCAGACGUCCUUCAGAGCCACGUGGGAGCACGGAGCUCCAGAUGUCUCGCUGUAUCGCGUUGGAUGGACCAAGAAGGGCGAGGACAACUUCAAAUAUGAAAUCUUGAGCAGCGAAGAGACAUCGCACGUUAUGACGGAUUUAGAUCAAGACACACUGUAUGAUGUCACCGUAACAGCCAUCUAUCCAGAUGAGUCCGAGAGUGAAGAUCUGAUGGGAGACCAACGCACAUUGUCAAAGCCCCAUACACCCGUGACCACCGGACCACCACAAAACCUUCAGGUGUUCAACGCCACCACGACCACUCUCACUGUGAAAUGGGACCACGCGCCGGGCCCGGUCCAGAACUAUAAAGUGACCUUCCAGCCCACGGCGGGUGGAAAACCUCUGUCUGUUCAGGUCGGUGGAAAGAAGAACAGUGUGGUUCUCCAGAAGCUGACUCCUGACACGCCCUACUCCAUCACGGUGGCGGCCGUGUAUCGCACUGGAGAAAGCAAAGACAUUUCAGGUCAAGGAAAGACAAAACCUUUAGGAGGCGUGAGAAACCUGCAGGUCUUGAACCCCAGCAUGACCACACUGAACGUUCGCUGGGAACCGGCUGAAGGGAAGGUGAAGGAAUACAAGGUCAUGUACGUGCCGGCGGCCGGUGGGGCGGAAAGCAUGGAGCAAGUAUCAGCAAUUACCACCACCACAGUCCUGAGAGGUCUUACACCAGACACGCUCUACACCGUCACCUUAAUUCCUGUUUACGCCGAAGGAGAUGGUCAGAGAAAUUCAGAGAAUGGAAAAACAAGGGCCUUGGGUGGUGUGAAAAAUCUGAGGGUCACUGACCCCACCAUGACCUCUCUGAACGUCAAAUGGGAUCCUGCUGACGGGGCCGUGCGCCAGUACAAGAUCUUCUUCGUGCCUGCAGCCGGAGGAACAGAGAUGAUGGAACAAGUACCUGGAAGCCAAACCACCAUAGUGCUGCGAAACCUGCAGCCUGAUACUCCAUACGCCGUAUCUGUAGCUCCGGUGUAUCCCGCCACAGAGGGCAGACGUCAGUCUGAGAACGGAAGAACCCUGCCCCUCGGAGGGGUCAGAAACCUCCGUCUCCACGAUGCCACCUUCACGACGCUCACCGCCACAUGGGAGGCGGCAGACGGAAACGUGCAGGGCUAUAAAGUGGUCUACGUGCCCACCAACGGCGGAACCGAGCUCGUGGAGCAAGUGUCUGAGAGCACCACAACGUUAGUGUUUAAGAAUCUCACACCAAACACCAUGUACACGGUGACCGUAGUGCCGGUGUACGCCGAGGGAGACGGACCACAGCUCACUGAGAAGGGAAAGACUAAACCGUUGGGUAGCGUGAGGAACCUGCAGGUAACAGAUCCGACUAUCAGCACCUUGAAUGUUCGCUGGGAGCCGGCCGAGGGGAACGUACGGGAAUACAUCGUCAUUUAUGUUCCUGCCGGUGGUCAAGAUCAGGAAGUGGAUCAAGUGUCUGGAAGCACCACCUCCACCGUUCUGAAGAACCUGGAGCCGGACACGACCUACACUGUCACUUUGGUGCCGGUGUAUGCAGAGAUGGAGGGCAAACCUCUUUCAGAGAACGGAAAAACAAAACCGUUGGGUGGAGUUCGCAACCUUCAGGUCACUGAUCCUACCAGCAGCACCUUGAAUGUGCGUUGGGAGCACGCUGACGGAAACCCUCGAAAUUACAAAGUUUUCUACAUCCCACAGCCGGGAGAUGAGGAGAAAAUGGAACUGGUUUCUGGAGGCACAACAAGCACCGUCCUGCGUAAUCUCAAUGCCAACACGCUGUACAAGGUCACGCUGUUGCCUAUGUAUGAAAAUGAUGUGGAGGGAAAACGUCAGUCUGAAAAUGGAAAGACGAAACCUUUGGGAAGCGUGAAGAACCUCCAGGUGACGGACCCGACUGUGAACUCUUUAAGGGUGCGAUGGGAUCCGGCCGAUGGAGAUGUCCGCCAGUAUAACGUCCUUUAUGUGCCUGUUGCCGGGGGAGCUGAGGGCAUGACACAAGUGUCCGGGAUGUCGACCAAUACUGUUCUGAGAAACCUGCAACCAGACACAGAGUACAGAGUCACCGUUGUGCCCGUGUAUGCGGACGCUGAAGGAAAGAAACAGUCCGAGAACGGCAAGACAAAGCCUUUGGGUGGAGUUAAGAACCUGCAGGUCACAGAUCCCACAACCAGCUCACUGAAGGUGCGCUGGGAGCCUGCUGAGGGCAACGUCCGGCAGUACCGAAUCGUUUACGUGCCAGCGUCCGGUGGUGCUGAGGACAUGGAGCAAGUUUCUGGGGGAACCACCAACACGGUUCUUAGGAAUCUUCUGUCAGACACACUCUAUACUGUGACCGUGGUUCCUGUUUAUCCGGAGGGAGAGGGUCUCCGUCAGUCUGAGAAAGGAAAGACACUUCCUCGUUCCCCGCCCAGAAACAUUGUGGUGUACAACCCCACCCCCAACAGUCUGAAUGUGAGAUGGGAGCCCGCCACAGGUCAGGUGCAGCAGUACAGGGUCAGCUACGCCCCGCUGAGUGGCAUCCAGCCUCUGAAAUCAGUUCUCGUUACUGGAAGCAUCAGCAAUGCCUUCCUGGAUCAGCUCGUCCCGGAUACACCGUACUCCGUGAGCGUGUUGGCUGUGUAUGCCGACGGAGUGGGACCAGGCCUCGAUGGGAAAGGAAAAACAUUACCGCGGGGUGGACCCAGAAACAUGCGAGUCUUUGAGACCACCACGAGCACCAUCAGCAUCGGCUGGGAUCACGCGGAGGGUCCCGUGCAACAAUAUAAGAUUUCAUACGCCCCCAUGACAGGAGACCCCAUCACUGAAUUUGCGUCUGUUACUGGCAAUAGAAACAAUGCUAUCCUUCAAAACCUGCUUCCGGACACCCCGUAUAACAUCACAGUGGAGGCCAUAUAUCCAGAAGGACCCGGAGGAUCUCUGAACGGAAACGCAAGAACACUUGGUCUUCUGGCACCUCAGAACCUGCGGGUCUCAGACGAGUGGUACACGCGCUUCCGCGUGUCCUGGGACCCGGCGCCAACUCCUGUCAUGGGUUACAAGCUGGUUUACCAGCCGACAGAUAAGGACGAGUCUUUGGAGGUGUUUGUUGGUGAUGUCACCACAUACACGCUUCACAACCUCUCGCCCGGCACGACGUACGACGUUCAGGUGUACGCUCAGUAUGACGGCGGUGUCAGCAAACCUCUCACGGGACAAGGAACAACACUGUACCUCAAUGUGACCAAUAUCGAGUCCUACGAUGUCGGCUAUGACAGGUUCUGCGUUAGAUGGACGCCUCACCGGGCUGCCACCUCUUACAGAAUCAAACUCAACCCUCUGGACCCAUCAGCUAAAGGUCAACAGGAGAUCACCAUCACAGCGGCUCAGAGUCAGUACUGUUUCGAUGGUUUGAGUCCAGACUCUCUCUACAGCGCCACUGUGUUCGUCCAGACCCCCAAUCUAGAGGGCCCGGGAGUCAGUACCAAAGAACGAACCCUGGUCAAACCGACACCCGUGCCAACAAAACCACCCACUCCUCCUCCACCACCCACAAUUCCACCUGGUUGGGCAGUAUGUAAAGGAGCCAAGGCAGAUGUGGUUUUCCUCAUCGAUGGAUCGUGGAGUAUUGGAGAUGAGAGCUUCAGCAAAGUGAUUCAGUUUGUCUUCAGCGUCGUCGGAGCGUUUGACGUCAUCGGCCCAUCAGGAAUGCAGAUCUCAUUCGUGCAAUACAGCGAUGGCGCAAAGACGGAGUUCAAACUCAACUCAUAUGACGACAAGGGCACCGCGCUCUCCGCUCUGAAACUCAUCCAGUACAGAGGAGGAAACACCAAAACAGGCGUGGCGCUGAAGCACGUGUACGAGAAGGUCUUCACUCUUGAAAGCGGUAUGAGGCGAAACGUACCGAAGGUCUUGGUCGCCGUAACAGACGGACAAUCCCAAGAUGAAGUGCAGAAGAACGCUGACAAACUACAGCACGCUGGUUACAGCGUGUUCGUGGUCGGCGUGGCCGACGUUGAUUUCGUUGAGCUGCAGAACAUCGCCAGCAAACCGAGUGAACGUCACGUCUUCGUGGUGGACGACUUUGACGCCUUCUCCACCAUCCAGGACAACCUGGUGACUUUCAUUUGUGAAACUGCAACCUCUUCUUGUCCUCUGAUCUACGUAAAUGGAUUCACAUCUCCAGGAUUCCGAAUGUUGGAGGCCUUCAAUCUGACCGAGAAGAUGUACGCUAGCACCAAAGGCGUCUCGAUGGAACCCGGUUCUUUCAACAGUUACACCGCUUACAGACUGCACAAGAACGCUUUGCUGAGCCAGCCCUCGUCGUAUAUUCAUCCGGACGGUCUGCCUCUCACGUACACCAUCAUUCUGAUGUUCCGUCUGUUACCCGACUCACCGUCAGAGGCCUUCGACAUCUGGCAGGUGUCAGACAAGAACCACAAACCUGAGACCGGUGUCACUAUCGAUGCCUCCAGCCAAACUGUGUCGUUUUACAAUAAGGACACUACUGGAGAGAUCCAGCGAGCCACAUUUAAAAACGAUCAAGUGAAGAGGAUCUUCCAUGGAAGUUUCCACAAGCUUCACAUCCUGGUGUCUCCCAAGAGCGUCAAGCUGAACGUGGACUGCCAAGAAGUUGCCGAGAAGGAAAUGAAACCGAGAGGAAACACAUCGACGGACGGAUAUCAAGUGCUCGGCAAAAUGUCCAAAUCUAUUGGAUCUAAAGGGGAAUCGGCGACAUUCCAGCUCCAGAUGUUCGACAUUGUGUGCAGUCUCGGCUGGACCAGCAGAGACAGAUGUUGUGACCUUCCUUCCAUGAGAGACGAAUCCAAGUGUCCAGCGCUUCCCAACGCCUGCACAUGUACCUCAGACAGUACGGGACUUCCGGGCCCUCAGGGACCAGUGGGUGCACCUGGAAGCAAAGGGCCGCGAGGUGAGAGAGGAGAGACCGGUGCAAAUGGUCCGCCCGGACCGCGAGGAGAUAUGGGAUCGCCCGGUCCGAUGGGCCCUCCAGGACCACAGGGACCCAGCGGGCUCUCCAUGCCAGGCGAGGCUGGUCGUCCCGGUCCGAAGGGAGAUCCAGGCGACGCUGGCUUACCUGGACAGAAAGGUCCACCGGGACCAGCCGGAGCCGCCGGGCCUGUUGGAGCCGCCGGGAUACGGGGACCUCCAGGGAAAGAGGGGCCGGCGGGACCCCGAGGACCACAAGGACCAAUGGGACCCCCGGGAGCCCCCGGAAUGAACGGGCCUACAGGAAAACCUGGAAAACCCGGAGAUACAGGCGUGCCGGGUCCUGUGGGGGUUAAAGGAGACAAGGGCGAAAGAGGUGACAUCGCGUCUCAGAGCAUGAUGAGGUCCAUCGCCCGACAGGUCUGCGAACAGCUUGUCAACGGUCAACUGGGUCGGUUUAACGAAGUGCUGAACCAGAUCCCCAAUAACUAUCACAGCAACAGUCCAGGGCCCGCCGGCCCACCCGGACCUCCAGGAUCUGAGGGACCACGCGGAGAGCCCGGUCGGUUAGGCAGAAACGGUCUUCCGGGCAGUCCAGGUUUGCCCGGUAGCCAAGGGGAAAGAGGACCACCUGGAGAGAAGGGCGAUCGAGGAAGUCCAGGCAUUGGAGAGAGGGGACAGAGAGGGGCUACUGGACCUCCGGGACCAUCAGGCGAAUCCAGACCAGGUCCUCCAGGUCCAUCGGGUUCUCCAGGUGCCCGCGGUCCACCCGGACGCAACGGUGUCGCUGGAGUACGGGGUCCACCCGGCCCACCUGGAUACUGCGACUCCUCUCAGUGCGUCGGCAUUCCGUAUAACGGACAGGGAUACAGAGGUUCAUAAACUUUCUAAAGCACCUGUGCUGCUUACACUUUGAAAUCCCGAGAAAGUCACAUGUUAUUGGGCUCUAUGCGGAUAACCUCCACGGAGACGAAUAAAGCAACACAACCGAAUGAAAACAAACAAAGCCAAACCAAACGAAAAGAGAUGGUACUAACAACAACUCACAGCCACGGGCAUCAGCGACGACAGCCACCACAAGCAAACCAGCCACAGUCCACCGGACACCGCAUGAAUAAAACCCGCCGGCCACCACCACCAAUACUAACCGGGUGGAACCCGCAAGGCAUUUAGCAUGUUAACUCCGCGGUUUCUGAUUAUCUGUAAAUAAACUAAUCAUGCAAUGUAGUAAAUGAAACCCUAGUCCACUAAAGCCUAUAGUUUAACCCUUUGUAGUGAGCUUGUGCGUGUGUUCUUCUGCUUGCUGACCAAACGUGCCUUUAGUGAUCUCACAGACUGCUGCUCAGGGCCAAAGCACGUGUGUUUUAUACGCCCGACCCUGGAGGUUUUCUUCUCUCUGUGUGUUAUGUUUCCAUGAGCUAACAUUCAUGUUUCAGUGAGGUCAUUGAGGAUUCAUAUAGCGAUUGGAUCGAGGUGGAAUUCUUCUGUCUAGUUCUCCUGUUAAUGUUGUAUAGAAGGAUUCCACCAUAUAAUGUCAUUUAGCUUUGAUAGACAGAUGUUUCUUAUAGUUAUCGGUGUGUUUUAGACAUGCGGUGGGGUCCACAAAGUCUGAGACGGCAUUGAAAAUCUGAAAAAUAUGAUGUAGGAUUUUGGGAAAAAGUGAAGUUGUGGUAUGUAAGCUCAUUUUAAAUAAAGCCAGAGAAUGUUUUUUUUUUUCACGAUGACGCCAAAUACCCAUUGUUUUUUUCUAGUUGAACCUUAAUUUUAGGGUGCUGUUACUAUAAA